AUGAGCCCCGCGCGGCAGAGCGCCCCCGCAGUGCUGCACCUCCUCCAGAGGCUGACCCUGCUACUGCUGUGCUCGCCGGCCGUGCGGGGUGACUGCAGCCUUCCGCCAAAUAUACCUAAUGCCCAACCAUCUUUGGGAGGUCUUACAAGUUUUCCUGAGCAAAAGAUAAUAACGUACAAAUGUAAUGAAGGCUUUGUGAAAGUUCCUGGCAAACCAGACUCAGUGGUCUGUCUUAAGAAUAGUAAAUGGUCAGAAGUUGCAGAAUUUUGUAAUCGUAGCUGUGAUGUUCCAACCAAGCUACCCUUCGCAUCCCUCAAAAAGCUUUACAGCAAACAGAAUUAUUUCCCAGCCGGUUCCACUGUGGAAUAUGAGUGCCGUGUGGCUUAUGACAGGGACAAUUCUCUAUCUGGAAAUCUAACUUGCCUUCAGAAUUUCACAUGGUCCAAACCUGCUGAAUUUUGUAAAAAGAAAUCAUGUCCUGAACCUGGAAAAAUAAAAAAUGGUCAUGUCAAUAUAACAACUGACAUAUUAUUUGGCUCACCCAUCUAUUUCUCAUGUGAUACAGGGUACAAAUUAGUUGGUGCCACUUCUAGUUUUUGUUCUAAUGUGAGAAAAAAGAUUGAGUGGAGUGACCCACUGCCAGAGUGCAAAGAAAUAAUUUGUCCAGAACCACCAGAAAUUGACAAUGGAAAAAUUAAAGGGAAAAAGCAAAAUUAUGUAUAUGGACAAUCUGUCACAUACAAAUGUACUGAAGGCUUCACCCUAAUGGGAAAGGAUUCUAUUCAGUGUAUUGAAAAAGAUGACCAAGGAGAAUGGAGUGGCCUCCCACCUACAUGCAAAGCAGAUCUUCCAGCUACAGAGCCCUCACUAACUACUCAGAAACCCACCGCAGCAAAUCUUCCAGCUUCAGAGCCCCCACCAGCUCCUCAGAAACCCACUUCAGCAAGUGCUUCAGCCACAAAUGUCCCUGCAACAGUACAAAAUUCCCUCGUAUCAAACACUGUACCUACAAAGACCUCAUCAGCAGCCCAGAAUCCCAUCAAGGCCAAUACUUCUGCUGCACAGACCACACCACGAACCCAAAGAUCCUCCACAGCAAAAGCUUCAUUUAUACAGAGACGUCCAACAACACAAAGAUCCACUGUUACACGUGUCCCAGGGAGUAAAGGGCUCCAGACUACACAAACCUCUGCCCCUAUGACAGCCACUCGGGGUGUAGCUGUUCCCAGGGCAACCACACAUUUUCAUGCAAGAAGCACAUCUAAAGGAAGAGGAACACUUCCUUCUUCAGGUGCUAUGGUCCUUGCAUCUGGAUUGAUUGCUGGUACUGUAAUAACUGGUACCAUAAUUCUAGUCAAAAUUUUCCGGGACUAUGGAAAAUCAGGGACACACAUGUAUAACAUUGACAGUUUUGCUUAUGACGCUAGUAACCAUGGGCUAGCCGAUUUAGCCAAAGAAGAGCUUAAGAAGAAGUGCACACAAGUGCACAGAAUAUUUCUAGUUUCCUUAGAACUUUUUGGAGGAGUGGACACAAUAUUUAUAGUAGUCCUCUUUGUUUUGCAUGUUAUCAUUGUCUUUAAGACACACAGGGAUGUCAAUGAAGCAAAGAGAAAAGAGUUCAUCGUGAAAUCACAUUCUGAACUUACCAAAACCUCUUGA